UCUUCCUGUGGACAUAACGCAUCAUGAAGGUUCUUCUCUUAAUCGUCAUGGCAUCUGCCGCCUUGGCCAAGCCUCAGUACGGCUACAGUCCCCCUGCCACCUAUCGGCCUGCUUCGACCUAUGCUCCCGCUCCCUCCUACAGGCCAGCUCCCUCUUAUCAGGCCCCAGCCCAGUACGACUUCCAGUAUGGCGUCAGGGACUCGUACUCCGGCAACGACUUCGGCCACAACGAAGACCGCGACGGAUACAACACAAAGGGAUCCUACUACGUGCAGCUCCCCGACGGCCGCCUGCAGAAGGUCACCUACUACGUGAAUGGCGAUUCAGGCUUCGUAGCCGAGGUCAGCUACGAGGGGCAGGCCCAGUACCCAGCCUACCACGCCGCCCCUUCCUACAGUCCUGCCCCGACCUACACACCCGCUCCUGUCUACGGAUAAUUUUACAAUGAUUAUUAAGUGAAUGUGCAAUAUACUUGUUUAUAAACAUCAAAAUUUUGAA